ACUAAAGUGCAAUCUUCGUUACGAAGCUAGUUGGACUUGCUUUUGAUUCAUUUCCCCUCCAUUUAUAAGGACCAACCGCUUCAUCUCUCACUCUCGCUCGCGCUUAGACUUUGUUAUAAUUCUGUUUGUUCACGAGUGAUAUGGAUGCGUUGUCUCUGAAAGUGCAACCAUGGAUGAGAUUUGACCCGCCGGAAGACAAGGUCAUCGACUUCUUCUUGAGGGCAAAGAUCACUGGGAAUGAUGAGUUAGUCGACUUCAUUCCCGAAGCUCAGAGUUGCAAAUGGGAGCCCUGGGAUUUGAAAGCCUGUUUAGAUUCAUGUGGCAUAAACACCGCAUGUCCCGAGCGGUGGUUCUUCUCGCCACUGGAUCUGAAGCAUCGAAGUGGGAAUCGAUCGAACCGGGCAACCGAUGCUGGGUUUUGGAAAGUGACUGGAAAUGACAAGAUAAUCAUGUCUGAAACUGGAAUCAUUGGAAAGAAAAAGUUUCUGGUAUUCUAUAGAGGUCGUGGUAAAGGCGAGAAAACAGAUUGGGUGAUUCAUGAAUACCAUACAACCCUGAAGGACCUUGAUGGCACCCAUCCCGGUCAGAACGCCUUUGUACUCUGCCGAUUAUCCUAUAAACAUGAAAAGAGUAUUAAAGAUCAAAACAUUAAUGAUGCUGGACAUGCUGUUUCAUCACCCGCCAUAUCCAAAUUGUUUCAUGAAGAAUCAGAGUCUGAGCUACUUCUGGCCUCAGUAUUCCCUGCAUCAGGUGGGGAAGCUACUACAACACCUGAAAAUUGUGAUGAAACAAUAUCUGGCACUACAACAGCUGCCGAGUGUGAUGACAAACAUAUUAGUGCUCACGCUGCAGAGAAUCAAUUGGGAGAACUUACCAUUACCAAUGAUGAUUUGAAAAUAGAAGAAAUGAUCAUUGAGCUGCAGCAAAUAGAAGCUUGCGAUGUUUUGACGCCUUCAACUUCACUACACAAUAACCCUACUGUUUCAUCAGCCGCCACAGCUAAAUCUUCUUUAGAAGAAAUAGAGUCUACGCGAGGUUUGGAUUCGGUCAGUUAUAAUGCUUGCGCAGCAAGAAAUGAAGUGCCUGAAGCACCAGUCAGUGAGUUUGAGGAAGGCUUGAGUCUGUCUGAUCUCCCAUCAGAGCCACCGGAUUGCAACUUGUCCUCUUUGUUUCACCCCUUGGAUACGCAACUUGGCAUGUCUGAUCCCGUCACUUAUGACUCAAACAACAGUCCUAGUGGCACUUAUUUUCAGUAUGGUGCUUAUAAGCCUGCCGCUCAUGACCAUGAAUUAUCAGAUCCAAUGGCUUAUUUUGAUAAUGAGUACAUUCAAAAUAUGUCUGUCAGUCAAAAGAACCUCACUGUGGUCUCUAAUAAGGACAAUGGAUCAUGCACCGGUUCAGGUGCAAAAAUGGCCAACAAACCGCUUGAAUGGUGUGACCAAAAUUGUUAUAAUGCUUACACUGCAAAAAAGGAAGUGCUAGAAGCAACAGCCAGUGAGGUUGAUUUGCAGCUCAAGGAAGGCUUGUAUAUGUUUGAUCUUCUACCAAAGCCUCCAGAUUGCAACUUGGAUAUGCCAUUCGGCAUGCCUUGUCCCGUCACCGAUGACUCAAACAACAGUCAUUGCAGGAUGGAUUUUCAUCAAAAGAAUCUCACUUUGGUCUCUAUUAAGGACAGUCAUGCGAAUGCACCGCUUGAGUCAACGUUCCAAGAUUCUGGAAGGGUCAGCAAACGAAAGGCUUCAUCAGGGUUGGUAAAUCUGGAAUCCCACAUGAACUUGCUUAAUAUAAGAUUCUUAUGGAUGUUGCCAAAUCAAAUGAUUAUCAGAAACCUGAAUAGAAAAGAACUUCAGGGUUCUUCUUCUACCCACUACAUUUGCACAAAUUCAAGAUGGUGUGGUCUGUGUAUUCGAUCUGGGAUUUUUCUGGUUUACCUCUUUUCAAGAACUGGUCAAUCCUUCAUGGAGUAUUUCCAUGACUAUAUUUACGGCUGGUGA